AUGAGAAGCACAGCUGUGGGGUUCAGGUCUUGGUGUGGGUUUGGGACCAAAAGGUUGCUGGUUCAAUUCCCAGAACCCACAGCAGAGGUGCCCUUCAGCUCCCCAUCCAGCACCCCCACCAGCUCCCCACCAUUCCCCCCACCAGCUCCCCACCAUUCCCCCACCAGCUCCCCACCAUUCCCCCCACCAGCUCCCCACCAUUCCCCCACCAGCUCCCCUCCAUUCCCCCCACCAGCUCCCCACCAUUCCCCCACCAGCUCCCCACCAUUCCCCCCACCAGCUCCCCACCAUUCCCCCCACCAGCUCCCCUCCAUUCCCCCCACCAGCUCCCCACCAUUCCCCCACCAGCUCCCCACCAUUCCCCCCACCAGCUCCCCACCAUUCCCCCCACCAGCUCCCCACCAUUCCCCCCACCAGCCAACCACCAUUCCCCCCACCAGCUCCCCACCAUUCAUCCACCAGCUCCCCACCAUUCCCCCACCAGCUCCCCACCAUUCCCCCACCAGCUCCCCACCAUUCCCCCCACCAGCUCCCCACCAUUCCCCCCACCAGCUCCCCACCAUUCCCCCCACCAGCUCCCCACCAUUCAUCCACCAGCUCCCCACCAUUCCCCCACCAGCUCCCCACCAUUCCCCCCACCAGCUCCCCACCAUUCAUCCACCAGCUCCCCACCAUUCCCCCCACCAGCUCCCCACCAUUCAUCCACCAGCUCCCCACCAUUCCCCCACCAGCUCCCCACCAUUCCCCCCACCAGCUCCCCACCAUUCAUCCACCAGCUCCCCACCAUUCCCCCACCAGCUCCCCACCAUUCAUCCACCAGCUCCCCACCAUUCCCCCACCAGCUCCCCACCAUUCCCCCCACCAGCUCCCCACCAUUCAUCCACCAGCUCCCCACCAUUCCCCCACCAGCUCCCCACCAUUCCCCCCACCAGCUCCCCACCAUUCAUCCACCAGCUCCCCACCAUUCCCCCCACCAGCUCCCCACCAUUCCCCCCACCAGCUCCCCACCAUUCCCCCCACCAGCUCCCCACCAUUCCCCCCACCAGCUCCCCACCAUUCAUCCACCAGCUCCCCACCAUUCCCCCACCAGCUCCCCACCAUUCCCCCCACCAUUCCCCCCACCAGCUCCCCACCAUUCCCCCCACCAGCUCCCCACCAUUCCCCCACCAGCUCCCCACCAUUCCCCCCACCAGCUCCCCACCAUUCCCCCACCAGUUCCCUACCAUUCCCCCCACCAGCUCCCCACCAUUCCCCCACCAGCUCCCCACCAUUCCCCCCACCAGCUCCCCACCAUUCCCCCACCAGCUCCCCACCAUUCCCCCACCAGCUCCCCACCAUUCCCCCCACCAGCUCCCCACCAUUCCCCCACCAGCUCCCCACCAUUCCCCCCACCAGCUCCCCACCAUUCCCCCACCAGUUCCCCACCAUUCCCCCCACCAGCUCCCCACCAUUCCCCCGGCACUGAGGGAGCUGACCUCGCCUCUGGGUGUGUGCUCUUACUGCCCUGAUCACUAG